AGUUCGCAGUCGUCUUGAAAGCUUGGAAGUCGGAGAGUUCCGACUUCCCAGAUGUUUUAAAACCAGAAUCAUUAGGGGCCUUUUCACAUUCAUUAUUGAUCUCUUCACAGGUGGUGAGGAUUCUAUACCACCUACGAAAUGAUUAGGAGCUUCAGGAUUAGAAAAUGCCUUCUAACCACUGUUCUAAUAUGCAUCGCUACCAUCAUUGUGUUUUAUUCUGGACAGCAAUCCUCCAAUUCAUUUGUGGAUUUUAUAAGAAAUGCCCUUCGGCCGCUGGACGGAAUCUUCUCUCCACCGCCGGACAACGACCCAUGGUUUCAGAAGCGCUUCAUCAGAUCUAUCAAACCAUUUCUGACGAGAGAGAACAAGAAACUAUCCAAUGAUACCAGAACGUGGUGGCGGGAAAUCCAGAAUGAUAGUAGCACAGCCAAAUUCAGCGAGGUGGUGGAGAAGUUGUUCCAGGUCAUCCCUGAUGCUGACCUCCACAUGGACGCGGGCCGUGAGCGCCAUGGAAGCUGUGCUGUGGUGGGGAACUCUGGGAACCUCAAGGGUUCCUACUACGGAGCCCUCAUAGACUCCAGUGAUGUCGUCAUAAGAAUGAACAAGGCUCCUACCUCUGGCUAUGAGGAGGAUGUUGGGAAACGGACCACGUACCACGUCAUGUACCCAGAGAGUGCAAUAGAUCUGGACAAAGCCACUAGGUUCCUGUUGAUCCCUUUCAAGACUCUGGACCUUCAGUGGCUGCCAGGCGCCAUGACCACUGGGUCUCACAUCACUUUGUCAUAUUUACCACUUAAACAGAAGAUAAAGGCCAACAAAGAUUUGGUAUUGGUUCUGAAUCCUGUGUUUAUGAAAUAUGUUCAUGAAACCUGGCUUGACUAUAAGGGCAAAUACCCCUCUACUGGAUUCAUGGCUUUGAUAUUAUCCCUACACAUCUGUGACAAGGUGAAUGUGUAUGGAUUUGGGAAAGACAAAGAUGGGAACUGGCACCACUACUGGGAAACCUUAGUCGAUACAAAUCUCCGAACUGGACUACAUGAUGGCAACUACGAGUACAAUGUCACCAUGAGGCUGUCGGAAAUACACAAACUACGGCUCUUUAAGGGAUUUAGUUUAUAAUUCAUGACGGUACAGCUGUAUAGACACUAUAAAGAGCUUUUUAUUAAAGCGGAUUCAUCAAAUAGGUGUUAGCCUAUUGUCUACAUUGCACAGCGUUUACAUACUCAAAUACCUUCUCCUUUUAUCUGCACUACCGUUUUUGGUUUUGUGUGAACUUGAACAAUUUGGGGCCAAACUUAUGAACUUUGGCUUAGACCAUGGUUUAAUCUUUGGUCUAAAAUGGCUAGCUGCUAGCUCUUCUCAUAGGCCAACCUGGUAAAUUAGCCACAAUGCUGAGGACGGGCAGCAGAUGAUUGUAUCCAGUAACAAAUUCCGUCUCGGCCAGUUUAAAAUUGUCAUGACCCAAUGCUUUUUUUUCCCACUAAUGCAUCCUUAACAGAAGUCCACAGACACGUUCUGAUACUCAAAUUAACUGCAUCACAUGCAAAAAUCUGUCUGGACGAUUACCUCAGUGUAAGAUGCCUAGUUCCUGACAAUAUUCACCACCUGUGAUGGAAGUAUGAAUCUCCCGUGUUAUCAUUUUUCUGUUUCAACAUGUGAAUUUACAUUCAUUGUGUUAUUGUUAAGGAAACUACAGCCAUCACCUUAAAAAUGAAGCCUCGGAAUGAAUUUCAUAAAGCGCUAGGCCUAUGACUUCAGCCUUCACCAACACUGCUACUAGGGCCUAAUAAUAUCUCAGCAUAUGAUGCUGCAUGGAUGUGUACACUAGCCUACAAGUACGUUAGGGCUGCAAUGUUUUUAUAAUCUAUAUCUAGCCUACCUGGUUUAACAGUGUAAAUUGACUGGUCUGGCUACGUUCACCAAGUGUCCAGUAAAGUGAAGCUACACCAGAAAUCCGUUGAGGUGAAGCCAAGCCUCCUCAUGGCUUCACUACUUAUGAAGCCCAUUCAGUAAGCGACUGACUGACUGCUCUCCUAUUCUCUAACACAUGCUAUUGAAUGACUGGCUUAGCCUAUAUAGACGUUCAGAUCGACAAAGCCAUCUUCAUUGUCAUGGACAUAAUAUUUGCUGGGCUAGCGUAUAUCAACACGAUAGCCUAUAGUCGGUUUAAAUAGCUAUUUAAAGCAAAAUUAUGUCCAAAAUGGUGUUGAUAUAGGCAAGCCUAGCCUAGGUUGAAUGUUACACAUAUUCACACCAGAUAGUGUCCUCCUAGCUAUAACCUAUUGCAUAUGGGACUUUAGUUUAGCCUACAUUUGAAAUAUUUAUUAGGCCUACACUAAUUCUAGUUCUAUUGUGAAUCGAAGAGGAAGAAACAGGUAGUAAAGGAACAUUUUUUAAAGGAGCUUGGAGUCCCUCUGACUGAAAGGCUAUAGGAUAGGCCAAAAAAUCUGACAAAUAUUAGUCACUACACUGAAUAGCCAGCAGCAUACCACCCUGCAUACCACUGCUGGCUUGCUUCUGAAGCUAAGCAGGGUUGGUACUGGUCAGUUCCUGGAUGGGAGAUCAAAUGCUGCUGGAAGUGGUGUUGGAGAGGCCAGUAGUAGGAGGCACUCUUUCCUCUGGUCUAAAAAAAUAUCCCAACGCCCCAGGGAAGUGAUUGGGGACACUGCCCUGUGUAGGGUGGCGUCUUUUGGAUGGGACGUUAAAUGGGUGUCCUGACUCUCUGAGGUCAUUAAAGAUCCCAUGGCACUUAUCGUAAGAGUAGGGGUGUCAAGCCCGGUGUCCUGGCUAAAUUCCCAAUCUGGCCCUCAAACCAUCACGGUCACUUAAUAGUCCCCAGUUUACAAUUGGCUCAUUCAUCCCCCUCCUCUCCCCUGUAACUAUUCCCCAGGUUGUUGAUGCAAAUGAGAACGUGUUCUCAGUCAACUUACCUGGUAAAAUAAAGAAUUACAUUUUUUUUUUUUAAAUAUAGGUGAAAUGACAUGUGUACACUUAAUUGUAUAAGGUUUUUAUAUGCAUUUUCAUCAUUGGCUACUUCGUCACAUUUGCUCUAUUUCCCUCGAGGACCAGCAGUGGAGGAUUUGCUCCUUAAAAAUAAUAUUGCUCCAAAUGGGAUUCAAACUCACAGCCACUAUUAAUUUUUUACCUGUAUUUAACUAGGCAAGAACAAAUUCUUAUUUUCAAUGACGGCCACUGUGUUCUUGGGGACCUUCAAUUCUGCCGAAAAAAUGUUGGCACCCUUCCCCAGAUCUGUGCCUUGGCACAAUCCUGUCUCGGAGCUCUACAGACAAUUCCUUUGACCUCAUGGCUUGAUUUUUAAAAACCUUUUUUUCCCCCUGACAUGCACUGUCAACUGAGACCCUUUUAUAUGCUGCUAAAUGACUUAAAUGUAAAUGUAAAUGUAUAUAGAUCGGUGUGUGUGUCCAAUCAAUUGAAUUUACCACAGUUGGACUCCUAAGUUAUUGAUCAUCCUUGAUGUUUCUAUGGAAACAGGAUGCAACUGAGCUAAAUUGAGUCUCAUAGCAAAGGGUGUAAAUACUUGUAUUUCUGUUUUUAUUUUUAUGUUUGCAAAAAAAUUCUAAACCUGUUUUCACUUUGGUUUAUUUAAUCCAUUUUAGAAUAAAAGUGUUACAAAAUAUGUUAAAA